UGUCCGGCGGUGCGUGGCCGGAGCUGGGCUCGCGGACUCCGCGGCGCUGACCCGGGAGGAGGCGCGCCCCGCCUCGGACGCCGGCCCUGCAGGUUUUCGCCUCCAAAGUUCGUCGCGAGGGAGUAGCGACAAGGAGAACAGGACUGGGGCGAGGCGGCGGCGGUGCGCGUCUCUCCAGGGCGAGGCCGCCGGGCGGCCGGCGAGGCGCGGGGAAGAUGCUCCAGGUCCUGGUGCUUAAGAUUGAAGAUCCAGAUUGCUUCUGGGUUAUUAUAAAAGGAUGUAGUCCUUUUUUAGAUCAUGAAGUUGACUAUCAAAAACUAAAUAGUGCCAUGAAUGACUUCUAUAAUCGCAUGUGUCAAGAUAUAGAAAUAAAACCACUAAAGUUGGAAGAAGGGCAGGUUUGUGUGGUUUAUUGUCAGGAACUAAAGUGCUGGUGCAGGGCAGUUAUUAAGUCAAUCGUGUCUUCAGCAGACCAUUACCUCGCAGAGUGUUUCCUUGUGGAUUUUGCUAGAUACGUUCCAGUGAAAUCCAAAAACAUCCGAGUUGCCAUAGAAACUUUUAUGCAGCUUCCCUACAGAGCAAAAAAAUUCAGACUGUACUGCACAAAACCUGUCACAUUGCACAUUAACUUCUGUGAAGACAGUGCUGAAAUUGUACGGGCCAAGAAGUGGGACAGUGCAGCUAUUCAGUACUUCCAGAACAUCCUGAAAGCAACUACCCAGGUAGAAGCCAAAUUGUGUGCUGUGGAAGAAGAUACUUUUGAGGUUUACCUUUAUGUAACUCUAAAAAAUGAAAAGGUUUGUGUUAACGAUGAUCUGGUUGCAAAGAACUUCGCUUGUUAUGUGUCGCCCAUGGAGAAUAAAAACUUUGAUUCUUUGGAGAAGCCAAGAUUGAAUAUAAAGUCACCAUCCUUUUCCAAUAAGCUCAAUCCAGCACUUACUCUUUGGCCAAUGUUUUUGCAAGGAAAAGGUUCUCAAAGGAUGGAAAAGUCAUGUGGUUUAACUUUUCUAGCGGAGUCUUUCCAGCAUCCGUGGCCCCAGGGUGCGGGUGACCUCAGGCCAACCAGUAGGAUCCUGGAUAAGACUUUAAAAUGUAAUGUGGAUUCAUUGAAAGGUUCACCUGAAAAAGAAUCUGAAAAGAAACAGCAGCACAUCUCCUUGAAAGAUGUAAAUAAGUGUGUUGAAUCUUCAGUGUGCUGGCCAACAAAGAGAGGCAUAACCAUAUAUGCCAAUCCAGACACAUCAGCUGCAAGUGCUUCAUGUCAAAAGUCAAGUGAGAAGCCACUUAGAUCAGCUGAGAAGAAAGAAUACAAUGAGAAGAAUGGCUGUGUGAAAUUACUGCAGUUUUUAAAUCCUGAUCCUUUAAGAGCUGAUGGAAUCUCUGAUCUGCAGCAGUUGCAGAAGCUGAAGUCGUGGUCCCAGCAGACCAUGGCAGUUUUGCGAAAAAGGGUUGAGCCCUGCUUGUCCAUCGAGACAGCACCACUCUCAACAGACCUGAAAAAGGCUCUUCAAAGAAAUAAGUUUCCAGGCCCCAGCCGCACUGAAUCUUACUCUUGGCCUCCCAUAGCACGUGGCUACGACGUGGUGGUCAUUUCUCACUGUGGAAAUGACCCUUUGUUGUACCUUCCACCAAUGCUUACAAUUCUGCAAACAGUCGGCUGCUACAAGUCUUUGCCAAGUAGAAACGGACCUCUGGCAGUCAUCGUGUGCCCUGGGUGGAAAAAGGCCCAAUUUAUUUUUGAAUUAUUGGGAGACUAUAGAGCGUCCUCCAGGCCUCUUCAUCCUGUGUUGUUAACAAUCGGACUCCACAAAGAUGAAGCCAAAAAUAUGAAGCUUCCAAGGGCGUGCGAUGUGAUUGUUGCAACACCACAUAGUCUCCUGAGACUUCUCCAGUAUCAGAGCUUAUUAUUUCUUAGGCUCUGUCACCUAGUUUUGGAUGAGGUGGAAGUAUUACUCUCUGAAGCUAAUGAGCAAAUAUUUGCUAUAUUAGAUAACUUUAAAAAAAACAUUGAAGUUGAAGAACGGGAAUCUGCCCCACAUCAGAUAGUUGCAGUUGGAGUUCAUUGGAACAGACAUAUAGAGCAUUUAAUCAAAGAGUUCAUGAACGACCCCUACAUUGUGAUCACGGCCAUGGAAGAGGCUGCCCUCUACGGCUGCGUCCAACAGGUAGUGCAUCUUUGCUUGGAAUGUGAAAAAACUUCUACUUUACUCCAGACUCUUGAUUUCACCCCAGGUCAGGCAGAGAAGACCUUGAUCUUCACCUGUUCUGUAGCCGAAACAGAAACAGUGUGUAAGGUGGUAGAAAGCAAUUCCAUAUUUUGCUUGAAAAUGCAUAAAGAAAUGAUUUUUAAUUUAAAAAGUGUUUUAGAACAGUGGGAGAAGAAGUUAAGUUCUGGUUCUCACAUUGUAUUAGCCUUAACAGAUGAUUGCAUCCCACUCUUGGCCAUCACCGAUGCCACGUGUGUUAUUCACUUCAGCUUUCCUUCCUCACCAAAAAUUUUCGGUGGACGCCUAUAUUGCAUGUCUGAUCAUUUUCAGAGUUUAACUGAACAGGGUUCUGCCGAACAGGGAGAUAAAAAGACCAAAUCUGUCUUGCUGCUGUCGGAGAGAAAUGCCUGCCACGCAGUUGGGGUCCUACGCUACUUGGAGCGAGCAGAUGCCAAGAUCCCUUCAGAGCUGUACAAGUUUACUGCGGGGGUUCUGGAAGCCAAAGAAGAUAGAAAAGCCAGAAGGCCUCUUUGUCCGUAUCUUAAGGCUUUUGGUUUUUGCAAAGACAGAAGGAUGUGUCCUGACCGGCACCGUCUUAAUCCAGAAGUAGACAUACCAAGGAAGUUAUCCAGCCAAACUCUACCGGUGCUUGGAUACAUAAAAAUAAUACCCUUUUAUGUUUUGAAUGCAACACAUUACUUUGGUCGUAUAGUUGAUAAACAUGAGGAUCUUUGUGCAACUCUUAAUGCUGAGAUGAAAGAGUAUUUUGAAGACUCUAAUAAUAAAGCAACUGUUGAAAAGAUGGAGAAAUUUGGAUUAUAUGGGUUAGCAGAAAAAUCAGUUUUUCACAGGGUUCAGGUGUUGGAGAUGAGCCAGAAGGAGGACACAUGGGCCCUGGAUAAUGUCCUUGUGAAGUUCAUAGAUGAAGGCAGGACUGGGCUCGUCACAAGAGACCAGUUGCUACACCUCCCAGAAAGAUUCCACACACUGCCCCCCCAAGCUGUGGAGUUUAUCGUCUGUAGAGUGAAACCUGUGGACAAUGAAAUUGAAUGGAAUCCAAAGGUUACUAGGUACAUUCAUCAUAAAAUUAUUGGAAAACUGCAUGAUGCAAAAGUGGUACUGGCUUUAGGAAAUACAGUUUGGAUUGAUCCAAUGGUGCACAUUACAAAACUUUCAAACUUGAAAACUUCUGUCAUUGAUUAUAAUGUUCGAGCUGAAAUUUUGUCAAUGGGAAUGGGCAUUGAUAACUCAGAACAUGUAGAACAACUGAAAAAAUUAUACAAAGGAGCUAAAAUGCCAUCUUCUGAAGAAAGCCUGAACCAGACCCUGAUACCUUCUUCCAGAGAAGACAGUGCUUGCCUGCCGAGCACAUGGCAAGAGGACAAGGGCUCGGAGAAAGGAACUGACUCCAAGACAGACUCAGAAAACCAAAAGCAUGAAACUUUACCGGAAAACACUGGAGGUGCUUCCAUCAACAAAACUACAGAGCCGCCGAAAAGCUUCCACCCACAAAUAAAAUGGUUCCAAAAAGAGGAUGUGGUCAUACUGAAGAUAAAAAUAAGGAAUGUAAAAGAUUACAAAUGUAAAUACUUUAGAGAUAGAGUCGUUUUCAGUGCCUGGGUAGGAGAGAAAUUUUACUUGGCUGAUUUGGAGCUGCAAGCCAACAUAAUAAAAGAUGAUUGCAAAUGCAUAAUUAAAUACGAUGAACCUGUAAUCACUCUUGCAAAAGAGCAAAAAGAGUCUUGGUGUGGCUUACUCAAACAGAGGAAUCCAAAUGUGGCUUUUGAUUUUGAUCACUGGGAAGACUCUGAUGAGGAUAAGGAGGAUAGCCACUUUGCCAAAGUUGUAAAUUCUAAAAACCUGUCCUGCAGUGUGGCAGGCUUGGUUGAGACCAGUGACAAAAGUUCCGAUGAAGAUGAAAGUGAUAGUGAAUGAGAAUGUGAAUUAAAACCUGGAGAGCAGCCAGAGGGUUCUGACCAGAAAUGGAUAUUGCUGUGUGACCAGAAGCUAAGAAGACAGGCCUUUUUUCCCUCAAGGAUCAAGCGUUACUGUCACCUUGCGGCACUGGGAUUAGUAAUGCUGAGAAAUUCUUAACUGAUAGAAAAAUGAGUUGAUGAUGAGACUCUGGAAGGAAGGUGGAAGCAGAGACACUGUGAGUGCUGGGCUGUCCUGCUGGUCGCCUGGUGUGAAGCCUACCUUGACACUCAGGUUAAGUGAUGCAAGCCAGGCAUUCAGGUAGUGAACUGUACCACCUGGGCUUCAUUGUUAUUUUUUCAUCUGUGUUUGGUACAUUCGUAAAACCUGAUCUUGCACAUAUAAAUUGAGAUUUCUUAAAAUUCAUACUCUGCACUGCUUAACAGACCUCAGCGGCUUCCCUGGUAGCUCAGAUAGUUAAGAAUCUGCCUGCAGUGCAGGAGACCUGGGUUUGAUCCCUGGUCGGGAAGAUCCUCUGGAGAAGGAAAUGGCAACCCACUCCAGUAUUCUUGCCUUAGUUCCAUGGGCAGAGGACCCCGACAGGCUACAGUCCAUGGGGUCGCAAAGAGUCAGACAUGACUGAGCAACUAACACUUCGCUUCACUUUCAGCCAUGAGUUAGUUGGCAUUCAACAUAACUCUGUGUGUGCUAACACUCCUAGUAGUCUUUACAUAUUGAUAGCCGGUUACCCAGGGUAAGCUGACAUCUUGCGAAGAGACAGGCCAAGGGUGAGAAUGGGCUCGCCUCAGCAACAGCAGCCUGACCAGGGCUUCCUGGAGGUGAAGCUUCUGAAGUGCCCUCGAAACCUGCAGCGUCCGGGACAAAUGGGACACAGGUCUCUCUCCAGUGGAAACGGAAGAGGACUUGUGCCUGGAGGUAACGCUCAGAGUACCUGCACAUGGCGAGCCCUGAAAACAUUCAUGACCUCAUCCUGGGGGGAGGCUGCAGCACCCACAGUCACGAGGUCAUCAGGAAAUGUGCAUUUGUCCUGAGCACUUAAAUGUGGGAAUGCCCAGAGCCUGGCUUUCCACGUUAACUGGAGAAGUUAGACAGGCAAGCUGUUGGCAAAUAUACACCCUGUGCAUUGCUUCAGUGUGGGUCUGGCAGCUUUGCCUAGAAUCGGAAAAUAACAUGAUAGAACAUGACCGUUAGGACAGCCCCCAGAAUCUUUAUUCUUUUUUACACAUCAGAAAGCACAGGUGCCCACGUUUGUCUGUGUCCCAGGUGUGAAGCACCACCUGAACGGGAGGUAACCUUUGUCAUCAAGCUGUCAUGUCCCAUGAGCAGGCGUGACCGUCCUUUUGCUCUCAGUUUCCUCAUCUGUAAAAUAAGACGGCCUGCUCCUUGGUGGGCACUGCCCAGCGGUGGGGCCUGGAGUGCUGCUGGGUGGAGGCAUGCCGCUGCCUUCUGAGGGGAGGUGUGGUGUCCAGCCUGGGCCGCUGCCAGAGUCGCAUCCUUGCCGCCACUGUGAGCCCGUGGUUCACUGGCACAUGAGGUACACUGGGGGUGAUUGUCCUUUUUUCCUGGCUGAACUGGGCCGGCUCUUUGGGAAGUUGUGGUGUCUUUGCUGGCAGAGGUUCUGGUCUGUGAAGCUCUUGUAACAUUCUUAUCCCAUGUACGUUUCGGUAAAUACAGCUUUCACUCCCACUGGGGAGGCCACUGGGUCGGUGGCCAGGCCUCCUGAGCUGCACUGGCUUUUGCCCUGAGGUUGUUGGGCACCUGCAGUGUAUGCGCCAUUGUAUUGUCUCUUUCAUAAGACGCAACACAUAAUAAUAGCAAGCAGUAGAGCUGCACAGAUGUGUGCCCAGGUGAAAAUGAUGGGGUUUCCUAUUCUCAGAGAAGAUGUAACACUGAUUCUCGUUCACUAACAGCUGAGUGAAAGUAUUGGGCAGAGGAUGGCUACAUGUUUAAAUUUCAGUUUCUUUUUUCAGACAUUUAAAUUUACGACUAUUUGAAGUUCUGAAUUACAUUCUGUAAGAUACAGGACUACUUGCUUGUGAAAUGUAAACAAUUACUAAUUGUUUUUUGUUGUUGUUCUCUACUAUUAAUACAUACUGAUUUCAUGUUUUGGAAUGUUUGGGGAGUUUCUGAAAUGCGUGGUAAAAGUACCUUUGUAUGCUUCAAAAAUUGCUCAUGUUCUUAGUUUUGGUGUGAAAGUCUUUUGCAAUAUAUCAAUAAAAUUUCAGUGUUUUCAUGGAAA